CCUCGCUCAUUCCGCCACGGUCCAGCCUGCCGAGAGGGUGUUCUUAGAAAAGCUCCGCGAUACUUUUACAUUCGGAAACAUAAUCAAAAUUUACUGUUGUACCAACCAACACCUUUUUUAGUCAAAGUAAACGAACGCGUUCGUGUUAUUUUGGCGAUACAUUCCACCUCACCUGAGGAACAAAGAGGCUUCAAAAAACGAUUCACCAGGAUGGGAUAACGGACGCACCAAUGGAUUUGUGAAUGGAUUCCAUGACAACCGCACAAACGGAGGCUUUGGAGGGCGGGGGCCCCUUCGCAACGAUAGAGGUGGGCGUGGCGCCUACCGUGGUAACAGGGGUGGAGGCUCGUUUAAUCAGCCAUUACAAAGUACAGGUUUUGGUGGUUUUGAAAACAAAGAUGGUGGCUGGGGAGGGCCCCCUAGAGAUGCUGCCUACAACAGCUUUGGUGGGCGUAAUGAUAGAUCCAAAUCUGCUUUUAAUGACCGUGGGGCGGGCUCCAGAGGAAGGUAUGAGCGGGGGGGCUUUGCUGGUGGAGGAAACAGCCGUUGGGUGGAGGACUCCAGAGAGGACGACUGGUCUAAACCAACUGCUCCUAAUGAACGACUGGAAAAUGAGCUCUUUUCUGGAAGCAACACUGGGAUCAACUUUGAGAAGUAUGACGACAUUCCUGUGGAAGCUACUGGAAGCAACUGCCCACCCCACAUUGAGAGUUUCCAUGAUGUGGACAUGGGGGAGAUCAUCAUGGGCAACAUCACCCUGACUCGUUACACCCGUCCCACUCCAGUCCAGAAACAUGCUAUACCCAUCAUCAAGUCCAAGAGGGACCUGAUGGCUUGUGCCCAAACAGGUUCUGGUAAGACUGCAGCCUUCCUGCUGCCAGUGCUGAGUCAGAUCUACACAGAUGGACCAGGAGAUGCUCUGCAGGCUGCAAAAAACAGUGGACAGGACAAUGGAAGAUAUGGCCGGCGUAAGCAGUACCCCAUCUCCCUGGUCCUGGCCCCCACCAGAGAAUUGGCUCUGCAGAUCUACGACGAGGCGAGGAAGUUUGCGUACCGCUCUCGUGUGCGUCCCUGUGUGGUCUAUGGAGGAGCUGAUAUUGGCCAGCAAAUCCGGGACUUGGAAAGAGGCUGUCACUUGUUGGUGGCCACACCUGGACGUCUGGUUGACAUGAUGGAGAGGGGCAAGAUUGGUCUGGACCACUGCAACUUCCUGGUCCUGGAUGAGGCUGACCGUAUGUUGGACAUGGGCUUUGAACCACAAAUCAGACGCAUCGUGGAGCAGGACACGAUGCCACCAAAAGGUAUCCGUCAGACCAUGAUGUUCAGUGCCACGUUCCCUAAAGAGAUUCAGAUUCUGGCUCGAGACUUCCUGGAGGAUUACAUUUUCCUGGCAGUAGGCCGUGUUGGUUCCACUUCAGAAAACAUCACCCAGAAGGUGGUGUGGGUGGAGGAGAACGACAAGAGGUCCUUUCUUCUGGACUUGCUUAAUGCCACAGGUAAAGACUCAUUGACCCUAGUCUUUGUGGAAACGAAGAAAGGAGCAGAUGCUCUGGAGGACUUCCUGUACCGUGAGGGUUACGCCUGCACCAGUAUCCAUGGAGACAGAUCCCAGAGAGACCGAGAAGAAGCUCUGCAUCAGUUUCGCUCUGGACGCUGCCCGAUCUUAGUGGCUACAGCUGUGGCUGCUCGAGGUCUGGACAUCAGCAACGUCAAACACGUUAUUAAUUUUGAUUUGCCCAGUGACAUUGAAGAGUACGUUCACCGUAUCGGCCGUACGGGGCGUGUGGGCAAUCUAGGUCUGGCCACGUCGUUCUUCAACGACAAAAACAGCAACAUAACCAAAGAUUUGCUGGACAUCUUGGUUGAGGCCAAGCAGGAGGUUCCUUCCUGGCUUGAGAGCCUGGCCUACGAGCACCAGCACAAGAGCACCAACCGAGGACGCUCCAAAAGGUUCUCGGGUGGUUUUGGAGCCAGGGACUACCGUCAGGCACCUGGUGGUUCUGGAGGCUUCAGCAGCAACCGUGUAGGGCGAGGUGCUGGAGGCCACGGAGGAAAUCGUGGCUUUGGUGGAGGUGGUUUUGGUGGCAACUUCUACAGCAACGAUGGCUACGGCGGAAACUACAGCCACUCUGGUAGUGUGGAUUGGUGGGGAAACUAAUCAGCAUAGGAAUAGGUUGCCAUGCCAACCCGAUAAAACUACAUGUUGACUUAAGCCAGACUGUAACAACCCUCCCUGUGUAGCUUCAGUGACUGAACAUUUCCGACCCGGUUCUCUGCCGUUGGCUUCUCAAGGGAAGUGCAGCACGACGCAAAAGAAUCACCAGCACAUGCACCUGACCGGAGCCAGCAGAGAUUUGCACACUUCAAACGAGCAUGGGCGCUAACAUGCACUGCCCCACAGCAACCUGGGCUUGACUGUUGGGGGGGUUCUGUUCUGAUUGUGGGGUUUGAACCCUGGGUCAGACCAGAGGACCAUCUGUAUGUGGCUGUACUGUGCCUUUUGAAUUUAAACGGGAAAUUACUUAUUUCACCAGAUUAAAAGCGGCCACGAGCUCAACAUUUGUUUUCUACUAAUGUUUCAAAAGAAACCUGGAAAGGUAAAUAAGCUUGGACUUAACCAAACCUUGGCAAAACCACAGGUGUUGUGGCUCUGAGUCACCAUUCCAUCUGAACCUCAAAUUUACUGCAGGAACAUCGUGUUGCUUUUUAUCCAACAGCUGAAGGAGCCGUCAUGUUCCAACCUGGGCCACUUUAGAAACGGUUUUAAUCCGAAGAGACAAAGUCACCCAUUUGUUAACUUGUGGUUUUUGUUUUUGUUUUGCUCACUCUAUCCUGGACAGGCUCUGUUUAUGGAUACGGUAGUCUUCAAAAUUAGCCAUUCCUAUCGUGAUGACAGAAGUCAUUAAGCUCAGUGCCAACGAUCACUGAGGCGAAACUCGAUGACUCCAUGCUGGAACUCGUCACUCGCAGGUCCUUCAGUGACUUGGUAGUAUUACAGCAGCUGGUUAGUUACCAGGUGCUAGCUACUUUAAGUGGACGGUGUUUUUUGGUUUUUCUUGAGACAUUGGUGCAGGCGUAUGCAGAUUUACAAAACGCUUUUUUGGUUUAUUUAUCAAAUAAUGCCUGCCAUCUUGGAAGUGAAGUUCAAAAUGGCUGCUUAAAGGACCACAGCAUAGGGGGGUCUGGGCGGGUUCAGCUGAAGCACCGUUGGGAUUUUACUCUCGCAAGUGUUGUGUUUUUUGGUCAAGGCAAACAGACGCAUAAAAGAAGUCGCAGGCUUAAUUUACAAACAUUUUCUCAGUUCAAGCUGCGUUGGAGGCUUGUGUACCAUUAGGAGACGGGCAUUCGGACAUCACCGGGGUUACAAAUUAAUCUAUUAGCAAUUGGGGGUGGGUGGGUCAGAGCAACUCUCCAGCCAUGGGGGUAAAGGGAACUAGGGCGGGCAGUUGGCUGCACCACUGGUAUCACUGUGGAGGUAUCCAAAGACCAGGAUGUGUCCACUCACAGAGGGGUGGGUCCUCUGGGUGCUCACCUGGUAAAACGGCCAGAGGCAGCUUUUCUGAGAGGAGCAGUAGGUGGGCAGAGGGGGGCGUGCAACUCCUCAUCAGGUGUGUCGUGCCUUCAAAUCUUUAUUUUUCUUGAUGAAAUAAUCAAAAGCAGAUGCACUGACUGUGUGAAGGUUGAAUGGUGCUACUUGAUGUGUGUAGGCCCGUGUACGUUGUGCCCAUCGAGUUUUUCAACUUGUUUUAUUGCACAUCUAGUUUUUAUAGAUAUCAUGAAUAUGUGUCCUUAAGCUUCCAAAUAUGACGUGUGAAGAAAAACUAAAUCCGCAGCUUGUUUACAGGGGGGAGGGGACGUUUAAACCUGGAUUUAUUUGGGACCAGGGGGUUUAGCAGUGGGGGGAUUCAGCCAUUUGCACAGAUGUCUAGAUUCUACUUUUGCUGCUAGUUUUGUGUAAUUUAUUAUGCGUUUUUGACAAAUAUUUAUUUUUGUAAGCCUCAAAGUGAUUCUUUGAAAGUUUCUAAAACUUGACCAAAAGACAGUACAAAAAACACUGGCACUUGAAUGUUGAAUGUCACCUGUAUGCGUGAAGUUUAUAUAUGUCGGGGUAGUGUGAGCUUUUUAACGUCGGGAGACUCCACAGCUGUUUUAGGGCCGCUCAUCUGUUAGGAUAAAUUAAUUGGAAUCAAAAUUCAAAGUGAAAUUAAAGAAUGAUGCCAAGGUUUGUAGUGAGGCUGUCAGUCCAAUCCCUAAGCAUGUCAGAGCAGAAGUGUUGACUGUCUGACCUGACCUGAUAAUUGUUUUCUGUAGUCGAUGUCUGGCACAUGGCAAUCCUUAAACAUGUGGUUUAUUCUCAUUGGUGUAUUUGCUUACCUGAUGCCUCUGGAGUUCUCCUACUGUGGAACUGCUCUCCAGCCUCGUGCUGUGCGAGCACCAUCAGAACAGAAUCUGACACGUUCCUCUAUCUCUGGAGAACCCCAGGGCUCUUUAGAUGUAGACUUUGCUUUUCUGUAUAGCCUCUGGGCUACUGCACCGCAUGGAAGGUACUAAGCUGUGCAGCUUGUUUGAUUUUACCAAAAUAAAAGCUUUGGAGACUAAAGGAUCUGGAGAAAUUGGCAUGUUUUGUGAGAACUUGUGUGUAGAACUGGUGUAGCAUGAGGCCCAGGGCCGUAAAGUCCCAUUUGUAAUUGGAUCAAGUUCAUUUGUUCAAGAGAAUAAAAUCUUUUCAUUUGUA